AUGAGUGGGAUGAGCUUAAUUCCCAAGAUGCAGGCGAUGGAGCAAAUCCUGUCAAGUCUGGACUCCCUGUUUCAGAAUCGUUCUGGGCGAAAACCCUCGGGAGCUGAGCGGGAAACAUCAGUGCCCGAAGAGGAGGACCCGUCGCCAUCGUCGCGGGGUGUUUAUGAGGUGGAUGCUUUGAAAACGAGCAAAAUACACAUCGGUUCAAGAUCGGCGUUAGUUGAUAUCAUGGACAAAUCGAAAGGAGCGGUGGAGACUGCGGAGGCGCUGCCAAAGGAUGAUCUCUUAACUGAGUUGGCGUUGGGGAAUCAGUCCGCAGCCUAUCCGUUUGUUGAUUUAUGGUCGUCCGACCCAUACACUUUCAACAUUGCUGGCGUAUGUGGCGUCCUUCCCGACGACGAGCAAUGUCUCAAACUUUUGGCAUGUUACAAAGAGGUUGGCGCUGUACUGUAUCCUGUGCUUCCCGAUCUGGAUAAAUUAGAACGAGACACGAAUCGUCUGCUGCAAGGCCGUCUUGCCGCGGGCGGUGUCUAUCGACCGGAUGCGAAUGGUCUUAUGAAACCCUUCGGGAUGGGCCUUCCUUUCCUGAGUCUGUUGUUCGCUGUCCUAGCAUCCGGAUGCCAGUUAUCCGACCGGCCGGAAAGCGAACGGGAGCUGACUUCCUGGGUAUAUGGCAUGACGGAACGAAUGUGCAUGGUGCUCGGUCUUCAUGUAGAGACACCUGGCUUCCCGCGACCCGUCCAGGCAGCUCGUCAACGUGUAUGGUGGGCUAUGGCUUUUCAAAACAGCCACUUCUCCUUGGCUUACGACCGGCCGUCCAUCACGAUGAUCAACCAACCGGAAAUCCCGUACGACCCCAAAUCGAUGCCCGGCCAUCGCUCAUACUUCGAAACGCUUUGUCGCAUUAUAUCCGUAGUGCUUGAAAUGCUGCGGGGUUUGCUGAUGCACCGUCAUUCUCACCUUCGAUAUCAUGAAAUCCGCGACUAUAAGCAGCGGAUUGAGCGAAUAUUGACGGAGGCGGCGCCGCAUCUGCGCUUUAGGGACUGCUGCACUAGCCUGCAAGACCACAUCGAAAGGACGGAGCUGCGGCUGCACUCCUCUUACUAUAUAUCAGUAAUGUGCCGUGUAUCGUUGGAUCCCCAUGCACCACUUGAUCCACACCGGCGGGCCAUCGUUCGCGACGAUUGUUUGCUCAAUCUGAUCAACACGAUUGAGGCUUUUGUGGAGCUGCAUUCCAUUAACCCUCAUUGUUCACGGAGCUGGAUAAGCCUGCAGCGGACGAUCGCAUCGGCGUUCCUCCUGGUUGCAAACAACCAUGACGAGAUCCAUUCCCAAACGUGGGAUCUGAUCCAACGGCUAGAGGUGGUGCUUGCUGACCACGUUAAUGGUGGCGCAGAGCCCAGUAAUAGCCGCACGGAUUCGGCAAAGCACUUGACGUCGUCACUUCGCGCUCUUCGUGAAGUCAGUGCCGCGUUCCGCUCACGGACAAAGAGAUCGUCCGCCCCAGUAUCGACCAACAUGUCGCAAACCAUCUCCCCUCCCACUAUGUCCACUUCCCCCGCAUCGUUGAAUAUUCCUUCAUCGUCACCGUAUGUAGCCGGGCAUGGUAUGUCUUCCGAAGACGGACGCAUCGGAAAUAUCCUCAACCGAGUCUCGGAUGUGAUGUUGUUUCCCAGCAUGAACACGGGGAAUGCGUGA